AGUUUCCGUUUACCCUUUUUCAGUCCCUUUCUCUUCUCCCUCUCUUACCUAAACCCUAAACUCCUCCUCUUCUUCCUUUCAUUCAGUUUAACAGGUUAUUGUAGAUUUUGGGUUUCGUGCGAUGAUUUCGGCGAGAUUAAACACAGAUUAUUGAGUUUUGGAAUGAAUUAGCUUGAAUAAUUUACCUGAUUCCAAGUUUAAUUUGGGACUGGUAAAAUGAAUCUCAACAAUGUUAAGGUUCCUAAGAUGCCUGGUGGUGGUGCAGCUUCUGCUUUGAUCAAGUUCGGAAUUGUUGCUGGUCUUGGUGUCUAUGGAGUUGCCAACAGUCUCUACAAUGUUGAGGGUGGGCAUCGCGCCAUUGUUUUCAACCGUAUUGGUGGUGUCAAAAACAAGGUUUAUCCAGAAGGGACACACUUCAUGAUUCCUUGGUUUGAAAGACCAGUCAUCUAUGAUGUCCGUGCACGACCCCAUCUCGUCGAGAGCACUUCGGGAAGUCGUGACCUUCAGAUGGUAAAAAUCGGUCUUAGGGUUCUCACUCGUCCAGUUCCAGAUCAACUGCCCACUGUUUACCGAACUCUUGGUGAAAACUACAAUGAAAGGGUCCUACCCUCAAUUAUUCAUGAAACUUUGAAGGCUGUAGUUGCCCAAUACAAUGCUAGCCAGCUCAUCACCCAGAGAGAGAAUGUUAGCAGAGAAAUAAGGAAGAUUUUGACGGACAGGGCAGCCAACUUCAACAUUGCUCUAGAUGAUGUAUCUAUAACAAGCCUGACUUUUGGAAAAGAAUUUACUGCUGCAAUUGAAGCAAAACAAGUGGCUGCGCAAGAAGCCGAGAGAGCUAAGUUUGUUGUGGAAAAAGCUGAGCAAGAUAAGCGAAGUGCUGUUAUCAGAGCUCAGGGAGAAGCUAAGAGUGCCCAGCUGAUUGGUCAAGCUAUUGCCAACAAUCCAGCGUUUAUCACACUCAGGAAGAUUGAAGCAGCCAGAGAAAUCGCCCAGACUAUCUCACACUCAGCUAACAAGGUGUACUUGAGUGCUGAUGAUCUGUUGCUUAACCUUCAGGACUUCAACUUGGACACAGCAAGAAAGUGACUUGGGUAGUGUAACCGACUACUGUUUCAACAUUUGACAUUUUGUUUUCUUGCCAGACAGUUUGAUUCUGGGACUUGUCCCUCCAUGUUUACAUAGUGAUGACUUGAUAGAUGGUGAUUCUCGGUUUAUUUUAACUGUUGAAUAUGGAAACAUUUUGCAUGAGAAACUACUGUGAAAGCAAAGGCCAAGUUUUAUCUUCUUUAUAAAUGUAUGAAUAAUCAUGUAGGAUCUGUCUCGAACUUUCAUGUUUCUGUGAUGAAAGAAAAUUGGAUUGAAACA